AUGGUGCACACUAGUAUCAACAAUGUUACCAUCAAAGGACCGUACGAGAAUUUCAAGUAUGUUUGUAAUUUAUUUUUCUCGGUUCUUUGCUAACGUUACAAAUGUCUAUUUUUUUUUUUUUUUUUUUCUAAUUUUACGUAUUUAGGAAGGACAAAAGCACGUCGUCGGGAUAUCAACAGCAGUCACAACGACAACCGACGAACAAAAGCGACAAGUAUGGCUCUUGGGGACCGGUGUAUAAAAACAAGCAGAAUUUUAUUGACAUGCAUAUUUGUUAA